CGGCGCACAAUGAAUGCUAGAAGUGAAACAGAGAGAACCAAGUUGAUCGAUUCAGCUGGAUUAACGGGAAGCAACUCGCAAUUUGCGAACAAGUUAUGUACAUUCAAAGGAACUACAGAAGCCAAUGCUCGUUUGGUAGAUGGAGAAGACGAAAGUGAAGAGUGGCUUAAGGCGUUAAACGUUGACGUAGACAAAUGGACGGAUGAUGACGCUCCCAAAUUACGCCAAGAUGAAGGGGCUGCAUGUGCUGAAGAAGAUGACGGGGACAGCGAUCUAAUAAAAAACAAUGAUAACCAUGAAGGGGCUGGAUGUGCUGAUAAAGAGGAUAUCAGGGAAAACGAUCUAACAGAAAACAGGGAUAACCACUUAAUUGUUGCCCCACACAAUUCAACGGAAGACGACGUCACCAACUUCAAUGGAGGAAAUGAAAUUGUUGACCUUCACCCCCACAACAGAGAUUGUCCCUCUCCCAAUCGAAAUGAAAUUGUUGACCUUUACCCCCACAACAGAGAUUGUCCCUCUCCCAAUCUUAUUUCUGCCUCCAGUGUGCCUAUCAACUCUCUGUUUAUGCUACACAUGGUACUUGUCCUAUACUUCAUAUUCGGAGAAAGCACAAAUGACUGGUCAAGUUGUACAAAAAAGGACUUCAUUAUCAAUGCCUGUGAAGCAAUGAAAAAAAAAAACGUCAAGAAAAUGAUCAUGAAGAUUUUGGAAGAAAGUGUUAUUAAACAGAAAACAGAAGACAUCAUUGGAUUGGAUGGGAUAGAAAGAAUUAAGCAGGCAUCAUCAUACGUGUAUGACAAUUUCCCAAUGCCUAAACAACAAGAAGAAGAAAGACAGAAUAUACAGAAAAUACCAGACGAAAAGAAAAAAGAAGAAUUGUUAAGAAAUAGAAGCAGUCACAAUUUACGCAAUGUGUUGAAAUGUAUGAGACACGUAUCCGUUCAUUAUCACUCUUUAGAUCUUAAAAAGUUGAGAAAAGAGCUUGGCGGGGGCACAUAUCCCGACAAUGUGGUACGUUUUUUUGAAGACCUGUUUCCUGGAAUUUUUCAUUAUCUUUUAGUGGUAUUUAAACUUGCAUAUCCUUCCAAAGCCCUUUUACAUGAUGUGCUAGAAUACUAGAGAGUUGGCAACGUUUUGUUUCGAUUAGGUCGUCUAGAUUACCUGUUCCGUUUCAAGUCAGUUGUUGUACACAUGGUGACAUGUUUGGUCAUUCCAAUUCUUUUUCUUUAUUUUCCUUUAACUUCUAAAUGCAUCACUUACUAAAACAUAUAACGGCAUAUUUAUACAACUUCUGAUGCAUCCCCAUCCGAAUUAAAAUUGUCCAAAUUAACUUUUAUUGAAAAUAUUGUAGCCAUCAUAUGCAUAUAAUGCACAAAAAAUGCACCACUUCAGACUGAAAUUAGCCAAACUUUCCUUGGGGAGCACCUCCAUCCCCAUAAUCAUAUUUAAAACCAAAAGAAAAUGUAUGUGUAUCGAAUUCCGCCCAAAGUGCCCAAAGUAACGCCUCUCUGACAUAAAAUCGUGGAAAUGGCUCAUGCAUAUAAACAUCUUAUGUUAAUGUGACAAGGGAAGAUAUAUUGGUUUAAUCCCAUUUAUUUAAAAUUCAUCGUUUAAGUUUAAAAAAGUUUGCAUUGAAUAUAUUUAUUUAUUAAAAAUUUGCAUUUUCUAAUGUAAAUGUGACAAGAGAAGAUAUAUUGAUUUAAUCCCAUCUAAUUUUUAUUCAACAUUUCAGUUUGCAUUGCGAAUAUUAAUUGAUGAAACAUUCAUUUACAAUUUGCCUUCGCGUCAUUUUCAGAAUUGAUAACAACAAAAUUUUAAAUUCAAAACGCAAAUAAAUAAAAUACACUUUGAUUAACAGGGUAUUAACUUAACGGUAAAAAUCUUCUCCGGAUACUCCGGUUUCCCCAACAAGACCACAUUCGCGCGCAUUAUCGUGCCAACGAGAGUGACUUAGUUUAAGUUAUCAUAACUUUCUUCACAAUGGUUGUAAAAUAUAUUAUGUUUAAACUAAUCCGACUCUUGUGGUGCCCUUUUUGCAUUUUCAUUUAUAUAUAUAUAAUAUAUAUAUAUAUAUCCCCCUGGCUCGUCCAUAGUAUCUGACAGUGAAAACGGAGAAAUAUGAAUUGGAAUGGCAUUGACCUCGUCACCAUGUUGUUUGAAGUUUCAUUGUGCCCAUGCCUACAUUAUGUACAGUAACACUAGUUCAUGUAUGACAUAUAACUAUUUGUAAACUUCGAAAAACAUUUAUUCAGGUAAAUCAUCAUAUGUAAUAAUUUAGCUUUCCAUGAAUAUUGUAUAGUUGUAAAUUGAUAGUUAAUAUACCAUUACAUCAUAAAUUGGAAUCCACAUAUAUUGUGCGACUUUAAAAUACUGAAAAAGAAUUAAACUAUAUAUUUGUUAUUAUUUAGAUAAUGCCAAAAAAAAAAUACACAAGACAAAUCUACAUUCGCAAAAAUAAAAUACUGAAAAGCGUGAGAAAAAAAAAUAAAAAAAAUAAAGAUAGAACAAAACCUGAAAAAAUGUAUGUAUGUCGUUUACAUGUGAACAAAACCUGAAAAAUGUAUAUAUGUCGUUUACAUGUGUAAAGGUGAAACUGUUAAAAUGUGUGGUGUGAUAAUUGAAAAAAAUAUGAAAAAAUAGCAAAAUGUAUAAAAAAGAAAAGAAAAAUAGCAAAAUGCAUGACAAAAACGAAAAUCAAAUAACAAAAUGUAUGCAGGAAAGAACAUAAAAAUAACAAAAUAUAUAUAAAUAAAAAGAAGAUAAAAGAAAUGUAUGAAAAAGAAAAUAAAAAUAGAAAAACA